AGUAACUUGAUGAAUGACGUCAGUGCGCAGCGUCGACAGGCUAGCGAUGUAAACAGAAGAAACUGAUCGUUGUGAUCGAUUCUCUAAUCGAUCCUCAGUCUCUGAGCUGUUAGCUGCUGGAGCAAACUCAGCUAGCUGCUGGCACGGAACAAAAUGGACGACAACAAGAUGGUAGCCGGUAAGGUAAAGAAACCGGGGAAACGUGGUCGUAAACCGGCAAAGAUCGACCUGAAGGCCAAACUGGAGCGGAGCCGGCAGAGCGCCAGAGAGUGUCGGGCCAGGAAGAAGCUUCGGUACCAGUACCUGGAGGAGCUGGUGUCCAGUAAGGAGAGGGCUAUCUGUGCUCUGAGGGAGGAGCUGGAGAUGUACAAACAGUGGUGUUCAGCCAUGGAUCAGGGGAAGAUUCCUUCAGAGAUCAAAGCUCUGCUGACCGGAGAUGAACAGAAGCUUCCUCAGAGCGGCAGCAGCACCAAGACCAAGAACAGCAAGAACCACAGCAUCAGCAGCAGCACCGCCUAGAACCCUCUGGAGGUCUUCUUCAUCUGGAGGUCUUCUUCAUCUGCUGCCUUGUUCCUCUGCUCCUCUAAUAGUGAAUCUGGGUUGUUCCAGAUGUUUCCAGAUGUUUCCUCCUUCAGUCCGAGCCUAACCUGAGUUCUCUGGAUUCUGUCUUGGACGGUUUAGAUGAAGAACGCUGCAGCUGCUUUGCUUCUUAACUGUUGACUGGAAAUGAUCUUAACUUUAAAUUCUGAAACUAAGUUCCCGUCGAUCGUCUGAUUUAGGUCCAAUAAACUUUCUUCAAUAUGAAAUGUGUUCAGAUGAAUGGAAACAUUUCCACGGUAAUUCUUUCUGUCAUUAAACUCGUCUUUUCUUUAAAUAUUGAUCACCUUCUGUUCUGACUCUAGAACGUUUAAAUUCAAACUUCUAAAUUAUUUUUUUAUAUAAAAAUAAUAAUAACUGUAUUUGUGUAGGAGAACAGAUUGUUUUCAUUACAAAACAGGAAAUUCUGUUUAAAUGUACUUUUUUACGUUUUUUUAUGUAAAGCACUUUGAAACCGACUUCAAAUGUAAGAAUUCUGAACACAUUGUGAUCUAAAAUAAUACAUUUGUUUAGGAAGAUAAAACCUGAAGGUGCUGCAGACGUUAGAAUCCACAAAAUAAAACACCUAAUAUUCAAAAAAAGAAAUUUUUCCAACCAGAUUGAAUCCAGUGAACUCUGAUUUCAUUAAAGUGGAUCUGAAGCUUGUUUCUGAUUGGUAGUUUUCAGGUCACAUGACUGAUGGAGAACAUCCCAGCUGAACUUUCUCUGAAGCCUUCAUUGGUCUUUGUGUUGCUGCUUUUAUUCUGCCUGUAAAUAACCGUCUGUUUUAAACGUUAUAUUUUACUUUUUUUUCUGUUUGUCGGCUGCUUUAGAGAACCAGACUUUUCUUUGCUCCGUUCUGUGGAGUUAAAAACGAAGCUUUGGUUUCAUUUCUGACCAACAAAGCUUUUUUCUUGGUCAGUGGUAAAAGUUUGUGCCCUUUCUUUGGUUCCUUUCAAGCACUUUGUUAGAUUGUCGUGUAAAAUUCAGUAACUUAAAACUUUUGUUUCUCAAUGUGAAUAAAAAAAGAGUUUGAAUCUGAA